AUGGCUGACUGCGUCAGAGGGAACGCUAACCAACCUAGCCAGUGCACGAGUUCCUGCACCCGUAGGUAUCUGACCUUGAGGGUACAGAGGAGACGUGCAUUGCGGUCCGGCAGUCGCAGUAAGCAGAGAUACUAUCGGUUCUCCGGCAUCGCUGGGGAUCGCGCAGUCGCAGUGAGCAGAGGGACUAUCGGUUCUCCGGCAACGCUGGUGAUUGCGCAUAACCUGCAUCAUACUUUACCGGCAGUGUCCAUUUCCUUACCCGGUGCAACCAACUGGUCCGUACCCACAAAUCCAACAGCCAAUGCAGUUCCCACCAUGGCUGCAAGCACCGCAACAAAUUGCAUCCCCAUACAUGCGGUACCCUUAUCCACAUUGGUAUCCGGCCCAAGGACAGUUCAUGCCCUUCACCAGUAUGCAGGGGCACCAAGGAAUUGGAGUACAAAUGUUCAACCGGCAGCUCUGGGCGAAAUGGUUCCAGAAAAUAAUGCUGGUAGAAAUCAAUCACAGUUAUUGUCAGAAGACGAGAUCAAAGAGGGUGACCUCCCACUCGCAGAGAGCACGCCGAAAACAGUCCCUGAAGACAGUAACAAGUUCAGCUGUUUUUAUUCGUCUGGCUAUGUUACGGCUAACCAGUCUGUGGAAGUUAGCCCGGCCAGAGUACCUGUGAAGCAGCAGAUUGAUAUACCUGUUCAUUCACCAAACAAUCAGACAAGGGCAGGUAAUGUCACGUCUCGGGCCUCUGGUUCCAGCACUUCAUCCAUCAGCUCUGCGACAAACAAGGGCUCAUUCCGCACCAACAUGAGCUUCAGUCACAUGCAGGACAGCCUCUCAUCUGAUCUACAAUCAGAGAUGGAUGAGAUUUGGAUGGACCUGAACAACGUCUCUAAGAGGGACCUUAUGGCCGUAUACAAAGAAGUGAUACAAGAACGAGAUAAGUUAAAGUCGACGAUGAUUCAGUGUCAAGACAGUGCUUCCCGACGUAUCUUGGAGCUGAAAAAUCAGAAAGCCAUGGAACAGCAGGCAAAGAGAGACCUGGUGGUGAAAGUCAACCAGGAAAUAGAGGACAAAGUAGGUAUAAUAGAACUCCUGAAAGAGAGCGAAGAACAGCAGGCGGCUAUGCUCACUGAUAAAACACGCGUUGACCAAGAAUUAAGGGAGCUGCAAGCCCAGUUUCAAAAACUGCAGAGUUCCCUCGAGAGUAAGUUACAGCAGCAGGUACAACAGGCACGGGGGAUGAUAGAACAGUUAGACACAGACAGACAGAUAGAAAUUGCAGAGGUGAAGCAGCAAGUUCAUGAAGAGAAGGAGAAAAAAGAUCGAGAAAUCUUAAGAUUAAGGUCACAGGCACAGUCACUCGGUCAGGAGUACACGCAACUGAAGGAACACAUUGAAAAAAUGGAGAAAGCUUCAACAAAUCAUUUGAAAAAAGCCCGUGCAAAUCAGUUGGCGAACGCUCGUGCAAUCUUCAAGCGGUUGAAAGCAGAGAAGUCGGAGGCGAUUGCUAAGAGGGAGACGAGACUGAAGGAGUAUAAGAACAAAAUGAAAGUGGAGAAGGAGAACCUGCAGAAGCAGGGCAAUGACUUCCAGAAUAGGGAACGAGAAAAUAACCAACUGCAAACGAGACUGGCACAAAGUGAGGAAAAUUUCAGAAAGAUACAUGAACAACACAACCACACAAUUCUGGAGAGAAGUGAGUUGGAUAUGUUGGUCCAUCAGAUGCAGGUUGAGGCCGAUAGACAGAAGGAGGAAUACGAGAGACCGUUGGCUGCGUACCAUGAGAAAGAUGAAGCUGAGAUACAGACCCAGCCUCAGACCAGUGCACAGGAGAAGGCUGAAGAACAUGCAGCAGAACAUCAGGAGGUAGUCAGUGGAUUCAAGGCUCAGAUAAAGGCUGCGGAGACCAAGCGAGGAGCAGACCUCUUUCUCAAAGAGCAAGAGCUGCAGCAAAGUAGCAUAGAGUUCAGGACAAAGAUGGUUAAUCAUAGGGCAGGUGCAAAAAAUGGCAAUCAUGAUGUUUUGGCCAGGAAAACCAUCAUGGGUGAGUGUAACAAGUAUCACCUGGAUCUUGAUUUGGAGGACGUAGAUGAUGUAAUCCUCUUAACAAAAACAUGGAAUAAAGGACAUGACAAGACUAGGGAAAUAUGGGAUCCGGGUAUAGUCAAUACGAAGGAGGUUAUGAACAAGGUGGGUGAUCCGGUCUAUAUGCUGGAUACUUCACACUAG